AUGGAAGAAGCUGGAUCUCAGGAGAUGGGAGUGAAUAGCCAGGAUCAGCUGGUGAACAGCAAGUGCAACGAGUUGUCUGACGCGGCGCUGCAGCACGCGCAGUCCAACUGUUACGGCCUGGAAAACACGGGCGCCUUGGAGGAAGCCGAGUGCAUCGCGAAGACCGGGAAGCACCCGGGGUCCAUGUGCUGCUCCCAAGAGUCCCGUGAGGAGACUCCUGGGAGAGAAGAAGCCCGUACUGAUCCACCUGAUGGCCAACAGGAUCCAGAGAGCAAAAAACACAAAGAGAAAACUUUGGGAAAAGAAGUGCUAUUAUUAAUGCAAGCCUUGAAUACACUUUCUACUCCUGAAGAAAAGCUGGCAGCUUUGUGCAAGAAGUAUGCUGAUCUGUUGGAGGAGAGCCGGAACGUUCAAAAGCAGAUGAAGAUACUGCAGAAGAAGCAAGCGCAAGUUGUGAAGGAGAAAGUCCACCUGCAGAGUGAGCAUAGCAAGGCCAUUUUGGCACGUAGCAAACUGGAAUCCUUAUGUCGGGAGCUUCAGCGUCAUAACAAGACUUUGAAGGAAGAAAACAUGCACCAAGCACGUGAAGAAGAAGAAAGACGGAAAGAAGCAACUGCACACUUCCAGAUUACGCUGAAUGAAAUUCAGGCUCAACUGGAACAGCAUGAUAUACAUAAUGCCAAACUCCGUCAGGAAAAUAUUGAACUGGGGGAAAAACUGAAGAAACUCAUUGAGCAGUACGCAUUGCGGGAAGAGCAUAUUGAUAAAGUGUUUAAACAUAAAGAACUGCAGCAGCAACUUGUGGAUGCCAAACUUCAGCAAACUACCCAACUUAUUAAAGAAGCAGAGGAAAAACAUCAGCGGGAAAGGGAGUUUCUGCUAAAAGAAGCUACUGAGUCCAGGCACAAAUGUGAACAGAUGAAGCAGCAGGAAGCUCAGCUGAAGCAGCAGGUAUCUAUCAUUAUUUAUUUAUUGUUAUUUGUUGUUACUAUUAUAUUCUAA